GCACUCUUGUAAUACUUUUAACUAUCGAAUAUUGGCAACACUAAUAUCUAGUCUCUCUCUAAUCUGUGGUGACUGACUUUUCAUAUGUAAUUCUUUGACUGAUGUUGUGAAAAAAACCAAAACAAAUCGACUUGUUGAAAGCAGCUGAAAGUCUUGAAAGUAACAAUGACUUCUGAAAAAAAUAUUUUCAAAAAAUAUGCUACAGAAUAUGACCCGAUUAAGAUAGCCUCUAUUGAUGGCACAGAUGUGGAGCCGCACGAUCGCGGCGUGGUGCGUGCGCUAUGCUCUGAGUACACGACCAACAAGCUGGUAAAGGGAGAUCCGCAGCGGACCUUGUUUAUCGGCAGGCUCAAUCCAAGGACUACACAGGAUACAAUACAAUCGGAAUUCUCUAAAUUUGGCAAAAUUGUCCACUGUCGACUGGUCAAAGACAUUGUGACAGGCAAAUCUAAACAGUACGCUUUUGUGGAGUAUGAGAGUUACAGUGACAUGGACAAGGCCUACAAAGACAUGCACAGGGAAUAUAUAGAUGGAGCAGAAAUCAUUGUUGAAAGAGAGGCAGAGCGGAGGCUGAGAGGCUGGCGACCUCGGAGGCUCGGAGGAGGAUUCGGUGGACAGAAAGAGUCAGGACAACUCAGAUUUGGCAGUAGAGAAAGACCAUUUAGGAAGCCAUUGAUUGCUUAA